UUUUUCUUAAAGAUGUUAUUUUACUGAAUAUUUGGUGCGGUACUCUUGUUUAUGUAAAUUAUCCAUGCAACUGUCUACAGGUUACCAUAGCAACAACCGGAAGCACUGUCAACUCAGUGCUGAAAGAUUUCGAAAAGUGGCACCAAUGUAAAUCAAAGUAUCGGAGUCAACCUUCAAAUUGAACACUGCUGUGAAAAAAGAGCAUGUCUGAGGGUGAACGCUGCGUGGUGAUGACAACGAGGACGUACCGUGACAGGAACGACACUCUCAUUGAGUUCCUGAAGGAUCGCCGGGAGCAAGAACAUCUCAUGACUAUACUGGAGCAGCGCUUACAGAAAUUGAAGAGUUUGCAAGAAUGUGAAGAUGAGCUACUCGAGGAGGCAAAGAAGGCCAAGGAAUUAAUCUGGAACUUCGAUAUUUCUCCAAAGGAACAAGAUGCUGAUCAGAACAUCAAAAAAGCAGAGAAAGAGAGGAAAGAGGUGCACAAGAAAGAGGUUGAUUUGGAGAUGCUGAAGGAAGAGUACGCUCAACUGCAGCACAGAAAACAGGAGCUCCUUCAUCACAUGCACAGAGACGCAAUGUAUCGGGACUUCAUGCAACAGGUGUUCAAACUAACACGGUUUGAAGAUGAAGCGUCUCUGGCAGGUCACCUAGAGAAUCUUCUCCGCAUCAGAGAGCAGCUCUGUGAGAAGCGAAGGUUAGCCGAGGAGCAGGUGGACCUGCAGAGGAAAGCCCUGCUGACCUUUAACAGCCAGCAUCGCUUGAUGCUUCUGCAGCGCAGUAACCAGCUGGCACAGUUGCACCACAAACUGGACAGGGCACAGCCGGAAGUGGAACGCUGGGAGACAAAGUGGAAACACAUUCAGGGCACCGCAGCCAAGAAGACACUCCUGCUGGGCCUGAUCAAGAUGGCGGCACUCAACCUCUAUGAAGUGACGGGCGGUCAUGUGGAUGGCGAGAAAGGCGUCCAUCUGGGUGACACCGACACACAACUGGACAAGAUCAAGAUGUUCAUCCAGGACCACAAGGACAUUGUCAAACAACAUCAAAGUAGCGCACAAAGACAUGAUGAAGAAAAGAUCAAUGUUCCAUGAACAAAACAUUAAAGGACUUUAUUUGAUUUGGAUCUAAAAUGUGAAUACAGUAUUCAUGUUUUAAGAUCUUAGUUAGUGAAUGACUUGCUGUACAUGUUGGAGAUGGAGUCACAUAAAACUGUUUUUAAUCUCAAAAACAUUUUCAAUUCUUAAUUUUUCAGAAAAAUGUACCAACAUCACCUAGGAAAGAUACAUUGUGAGAUAGAAACCAAGUUAACUCAACAGAAAUCGAAAUAUAUAACUUUUCCCCAGGGCAUUCAUUCAUUUUGAAUGACUCCUGUUGCUACGUGAUCUUUGACCCUCCUUCAAAUGGAGAGCCACCAUGAGGACAGCUGGGCCCAAAUAAAGAUUAGGCGGACAUUUUUAGAUGUCAAAUUUCGAUAGAUCACAUUUUAACAUUCGUCAACAUCAGGUUCUGUACUGAAUCUGGAGCGGAGCAUGACUCCCAGGAGGCAAACGCUGGAUGUCACCAUUGAGCAGUCCCAUGCUGCCAUCAUGUGUUGAAGAAAAUAACAACCGGUGGACCCAUGUCCAAUUGAUGUUCCAGCAUGACUGUCCCCAAAUAUACAAAGUAAAAAAAAAAAA